AUGCUAGCAGAUGAUGACAGCUUAAUGAUAUCUUACCAGAUUGGUGACAUUUUCAGUAGCCAUUCUCAAGAAGAAACACAAGAAAUGUUAAAAGAAGAAAAGAAAAAUUUGCAAAAAGAAACUGAUGCCUUAGAAUCCAGACUAGAAUCAAUUCAGUGGGUGUUAGCAGAUUUGAAAGUUCAGUUAUAUGCAAAAUUUGGUGGCAACAUAAAUCUUGAAGCUGAUGAAAGAAUGGCAAAACUAAUUUAUAGCAGCAAAUCUUGA